GUUUAGCUUGUCUCCUUUUUCUCUUUAUUUUUUGCUACCAUUGAUCAUUCGCAAUGGCGCUCAGAGUGAUGGUCGGCUGUAAGCGUGUGAUCGAUUAUGCAGUAAAAAUCCGUGUGAAGCCAGACAAGACCGGUGUCGUGACAGACGGAGUCAAGCACAGUCUCAACCCCUUCGAUGAAAUUGCCGUCGAGGAAGCGGUGCGCAUGAAGGAGAAGAAGAUCGCCAGCGAGAUCAUUGCCGUCUCCUGCGGCCCUGCUGCUUGCCAGGAGACUCUGAGGACAGCCCUUGCCAUGGGUGCAGACAAGGCCAUCCAUGUGGAGGUGGAGGGCAAGGACUAUGAGACCCUGCAGCCCCUGCAUGUCUCCAAGCUGCUGGCCAAGCUGGCACAGGACAACAAGGUGGACAUACUCCUUGUGGGGAAGCAGGCAAUCGAUGACGACAGCAAUCAGACAGCCCAGAUGACCGCUGGAGUGCUGGACUGGUCACAGGGCACAUUUGCGUCCAAGGUGGAGAAAGAUGGGGACAGCCUGAAGGUGACACGGGAAGUGGAUGGUGGCCUGGAGCACGUCAAGGUCAAGCUGCCAACCGUCCUAAGUGCGGACUUGAGGCUGAAUGAGCCUCGAUAUGCCACCCUCCCAAACAUCAUGAAAGCCAAGAAGAAGCCCCUGGAGAAGAAGACCCCCAAGGACCUUGGGGUGGACAUCAGCCCCCGCAUUGAAAUCGUGAGCGUGGAGGACCCCCCAACCAGGGAGGCCGGGACCAAGGUGGAGUCUGUGGACGAGCUGCUCGCAAAGCUCAAGGACCUCGGACGCAUUUAGGGCAGCCAUCAGAUGCAAGGAAGAAGUCAGUUGAACAAACAGCUGGUGCAGCUUUGUUGACAUGUAAAAACUGAGUGGUUGAGAAAGAAAAACUUGUUUGCUGUAGUGUUCCUGAGAACCCUGGUAAAUAAAGAUACUAUUUUUAUGUGUUUAAA